AUGAACCAUAGAAAUGAGACAUCGAGCAGUGACUUUAUUCUUUUGGGACUGUUCUCUUCCUCACAAGCAAGCCUGGUCUUCUUCUCCUCUCUGUUCAUCAUUUUUAUCCUGGCCAUCACAGAAAACACCAUCCUGAUCUUCCUCAUCCACAGGGACUCUCGACUCCGCUCCCCCAUGUACUUCCUGCUCAGCCAUCUCUCCUUCAUGGACAUCCUGCACAUUUCCAACAUUGUCCCCAAAAUGAUCACCAACUUCCUGUCUGGCAGCAGAACCAUCACCUUUGCAGGCUGUGGAUUCCAGAUCUUCCUGUCACUCACCUUGCUAGGUGGCGAGUGCCUGCUCCUGGCUGCCAUGUCCUAUGACCGCUAUGUGGCCAUCUGCCACCCCCUGCGCUAUGCCAUACUCAUGAGUGACAGUGUCAGUGUGCUGAUGGCUGCGGGGUCCUGGCUGCUGGGGACCCUCAACUCCAUUGUGCACACAGCUUAUGCCCUCCACUUCCCGUUGUGUCACUCUAAGGCCAUUGAUCACUUCUUCUGUGAAGUCCCUGCCAUGUUGAAGUUGUCCUUUGUGGACACAUCACGCUAUGAACGAGGGGUUUAUGUAAGCGGCAUUAUUUUCCUGUUGAUUCCCUUUUCCAUGAUUUCUGCCUCUUAUGUACAAAUUCUUCUCACUGUGUUGCAAAGCAAAUCAUCAGAGGCCCGGAAGAAGUCCUUCUCCACCUGUUCCUUCCACAUGGUGGUGGUCGUGAUGUACUAUGGGCCGUUUAUUUUCACAUACAUGAGACCUAAAUCUUACCACACUCCUGGCCAGGAUAAGUUCCUAGCCAUCUUCUACACUAUCCUCACGCCCACCCUCAACCCUGUCAUCUACAGCUUCAGGAAUAAAGAUGUCCAGAAGGCCCUGAAGGCCAUGAAAAGCAUGCUCAUCAACAAUCUCCUGCUAAACAAUGAAUGGAAAAGAUGCCUCUAA